CAGGCAGGUCAACUUUCCCGUGAUUCAAUGCGGCACAAUAUGGCGGACAAUUUUGAGACCGAGAUGCUGAACCAGCGCAGACAGCUGUACACCACAGUUUUCUCCCAGUCCUUCUCACCCUGUGGACGGUUUGUGGCAGUGUGCGAUAACUUUGGCAGGAUCACACUUUUCAGUCUUGCAGCCUCACUGAGUGCCGAUGCAAAAGAGGACAGUCGGAAACCAGUCUUUACCUUCCAAGCUCACAAUGGCCCAGUGUAUUCACUGUCUUCAACAGAACGGUUUCUUAUCAGUGCUGGCACAGGUGACAUCAAAGCAUGGAGCUGGCCUGACAUCUUGAAAAAGAGCCCAAAAGUGCAGUGGUCUCUGUCACCUCCAUUCAACCACAGCUUUGAUAAUCCAGAAACCAACAGUGUGGUGAUUACAAAGGAAGGGACACUCUGUUCUGGAUGUGGAGACAACAAUGUGUAUCUGUGGGACAUGCAAACAGGAACUUGCACAAGCACACUCAAAGGCCACACAGACUACAUCCAUGCUCUUACCCUGAGGAGCAAUGACCAGCAACUGGUGUCUGCUGGGGAAGAUGGGGCCAUCAGAAUAUGGGAUUUGCGAGACUCCAGAGAAGCAGCCCAUGUAUUGGAGCCUUACAAACAUGACGUGUGUGGGAGACCAGAGCAGGGCAGGUGGAUUGGGUGUGUAGCUGUGGACAGUGGGGACGACUGGCUGGUAUGUGGAGGAGGGCCUUCCCUGUCACUGUGGCACAUGAGGUCGAUGACCCCAGUGGUGGCCUUCUCCAGCCCCGACUCCUGUCAGAAUGUGGUGAUGCUUCAGGAAGACCAGAUCAUGUCAGCAGGGUCCUCCCCCUGUGUGAACCACUGGAGUAUGAAUGGCGAACUGCGGUCGCAGGUCCCCUGUACACCACCCUGUAUCUACAGUCUGGCCAUCAACACCAACUCUGCCAGCUAUAAGGUGCUGUCAGCUGCAGGCAGCAGUGCUAAAGUCGACAUCUUCACCAACUUUGGAUACAAGGCUUUCUCCAUGCUGGUGUGCUGACAUGCCUGAUGGCCGUGGGAAGAACUACAUUUUGUAGAUAGACCACUAAUAUUAACAUCAGCAUACUAGCAACAGAAAUCAUACUUGAAGACUGGAAUUGUGGCACUUUCUUGUCUUGCACAAUGUACACAAAAGUUAAGCCUAAUUGAAUGUAAAAGAUUUAAAGGCAAAAGUAAGACAACAGUUAGUUUUCUGUGGUUUGGUACUAGUGGUAUAAAUUAAAAGCGGUAACAUCACAUCCUUACUUGACUCAAGA